AUGGACAACACGAACGACUUACGGACCCCUCCCUAUCGUCCCAGCAGCCACCUCACUGGCAGGACCAAGGAGGACUGGGAAGAAUGGGAGGAUGAUGAAGUGUUGACUCCCAUGACAGCUGCCCCCAUGGACGGCCCCUUGGUGGACAUCAACACAGACCCAUUUCCAUCUGGACAGCCAAGCCAGACAACAACCGCCUCUUUAGCACCACGCCUGUCCGUACAGAAGGUGAAGAGGUUAAAAUCUCGACAUAGACAAAAGGCACAAAACGCAAGGGCGGGCAUCAAACUGGUCACCGACAUGUCCAAGUUCCGUCAACAAAAGCAGCAGCAUAUCGCCAACCAAAUGAAACUGAAUUCGGCAAAUCGCGAGAGUCGAACAGGGAAAUUUGUUGAUGCCGCCGCCUUGUUAGCUUUGGAAGGGCAACAGAACGGUGAAUCUAGCAGCACUUUCGGCUGGCUGAAACGGAAGCCGACAAAAGGCAAAAGAGUCGAUAGGCUAGUUGCUGAGUCUUCGCCGCAGGUUGAUCUCUCACCUAGUGCCGGGCCUAUUAUGAUCGGCUUCGAGAUGCCUACAGACUCGGAUGUAGUCAUCAGCCCCCAUACAGCUGUGGUCGCGACACCAGUGGACUUGCCCCCCUAUUUUCGCCAACCACCAACAUCACCGCCAUCAAAGCAGCCGGUAUCUGCAUGGUCACCGGAUACCGAGGACGAUUUCUCACCUCGGGGUCUCGAUGGCAUGAUCCUUCCACAAACGGCCUAUGUCCCAGCCGUUCCAUCCAUCCCUUCUGGCUACAGAGGUCAGGAAUUAUCUCCUAUAUCUGACCGCGAUCGUGUGGAUGGCUUUGGGAUGAGCAAAGAGGGUAACAACAGACGAGACACGGCAACAACUGCAUUUUAUGUCAGUGACGAUGACAGCUAUAUGGACACACCCGUGACGCUUUUUGAGGAAGAUGGCAGUCCAGUAGUUACCAAAAAGUCAUACAGCCACACUAACAGGCAGAGGUCAAAUACUGGUGGGAGUACGCGAUCUCAGGGAUGGUGGGAUCAAGUCACUUCCCCUUUUGUACCAACCCCAGCAACACCAAGACUCCCGACUGUAGGAGAAGCUGCUGAGCCAAAGGUGAAUACUGAAUGGUGGGAAACGACAAACCAGAAGACGGGGCUCUCCCCUGUUCUCACGAGGUCCAAUUUUGGCCAGUCUAGCAGUUCGAAGAUUGAGACAAUUCCACAGCAACGUCCGCCACGCAUCAUUGUUCAGGACUUUUCACCAGUUGAGCCCACGCAAUCAACUCCAAACCUGCCAGGAUCAGCACCAGCACCAGCACCUAUUACAGCCCCGAGAGCAGCCCCAGCUCCAGCUCCAGCGCCGGCACCGGUACCAGCAUCAACAGUAGUGUCUCAACCUGAGACCCAAACAGAAAAGUCACGCAUCCUGGUCGAGGAAUCUCGAACACCCGAGCUCCCGCCUCCCUAUUCACCUCCACAUAGACAGGAGAAUGUUUGUUACCAGGCGGUGCUUCCUCCAGGCCACGCUGCGACCACCAUGUUCCCCCCAUCACCAGGUCCCGUCCCUGUUGGUUUAUCGCAGACAAUGACAUCCCAAGGCGCCAUCGGUCUCCAAAAUGUUCCUCUGACACCACCUCCGACACAGAUGCGGCUGCCAGACCGGCCGAUAGGGUCUUUUCUCCCAGCAAACUAUUUGCCCAACUUGGCGGCAGAACGAAAGCGAAGGAGGCACGAAAAAGAAGACUUUGUGGCGAGGAAAGUAGGGCGUGGGUGUUUCCCAUGCUGCGGUGCUCUUGGGAAGCCAGGGCCCGAGGGACGGAAGCGGAGACGAGUGUGCUUUGGGAUCCUUGCUGCCCUCAUCUCCAUGAUCAUUUUGGGGGUUGUCCUUGGAGUGGUUCUAUCACGGCGCACAGUGGCCGAAGCAAGCAUCCCAUCACGGUUUCUCAACCUCACCGACUUCCCACCAAUGCCCACUGGCAUUUCGACAGUGAUAGGAACUCAGUCAGACUCAAGCACAGUCUGCAUCCAACCGGCAACACUUUGGAGUUGCUCGCUCCCAAAAGAAGAGGCCGAUUCCGUGGCCCCUUUCAACGCGGACCAGCCAAGCUUCAUCCUUCAAAUCCAGUUCGACAACAACACCAGACAGACAUGGAACGUCACCGGUCAAGAACCCCCCCGGCCUACCCCCAUAGACCUCGGAACCGGAAGACCCCUAGAUGAACUCAACCGCACAGUCGGCCAGAACCGCACCACCACUCGCUCCGUCUCCAUCCGCAGCAACGGCAUCAGCUUCUCAACCAUCCUCCGCCGACUCUUCGUCACACCCCGCCAAACCCCCGCCAACCUCAUCCUCAAACCCGUCCCCGACCCUCCCACCUUCCAAGACAUGUUCUUCCUAGGCAACACCACCGACGGUGUUGUCUCUGACGACAAAGCCGGCGAGCCCACCCCCUUCUACAUCUCCAUCCUCCGCUCCGUGAACUCCACCGUCGGCCCCAACCUCCUCACCCGCAGGGGGGGAUUUGACGACCAUCAAAACCAACCCCGCCAAGCCUCAGGCAACCUCUCCCCCGCCCUCAACAUCUCCGAACUCGUCCCCCCACCCAUCCUAAACAAAGACGGCACCGCCGCGCCCGCCAACCACCUCCACUUUCCCACUCAGCAACCCCUCCGCCUCUACGACCGCGGCCUACCAACAGAACGAUACUCUUUCUAUUCGUACUACAACAAAACAAUCUACCUCUCCUCCCUCAACGAGCGGCUCCCCCCCUCCAUCGACCGCAACGGCGGCUCCCCCAUCUCAGAAGCGAAAUUUGUCGUUACCUGGCUCUCGGUCCGGUAUAAAGUCGAGAUCUGGACUCGCAAGUCCAACACCACCAAGCUAAUCGGCGGGUUUGGCGGUCGGGAGGCGAAUGUAAACGGGACACAGCCCGGCACGUUCCCUUACCCGAUUACAGUCACGCUUGAUACGCACGGGGGUAUCCCGGGGAUUAAAUUUGUUUUUAUGCGGGAGGUGGAUGAGAGGCGGAGGGUUUUCACCAGUGAGGCGAAACUGUUCCUCAAUCGGAUGAACAACACGGGGGAUUUGGUCAACCCGGGCGGGUUCUUCAACCCGAGUUUUGGGGGGAUGGAUGGUGGUACUGGGGGUUGCAGGUGUGAGUACACCAACUUUGUGGGGGUGAAUGGCUUGAGGUCUGCGGACUGA